CCCGAGUUGCGUAUCAUUUAUCUCAAAUGCGUUCUUUUGCCUGAAAUUUAUGCUGCAACCUUUUCCAGUUCCCACAUCUCGUGUUGGACCUCUGUCCUCUGCGAUUCUCUCUCCACGCCCCAAAAGACAACUCUUGAACAAUGAAGCAAGACCCACUCGCACCGCAAUCCCCCUCGGGCUACUCGCUGUCGUGCAGUGGCCACCAACAAAUUACACCAUCGGUUAUGGACGAGCUCGACACGCCCCCGCCGUACACCGCAAGCGCCAGCCCGCGGACGGCUGCUACGGCUACAGCUGCAACACAUGCGACAUCGAACGGCACGUCCUCCCCAAGAAUAUCAGUGCACGAACUAGGUGAACAGCGACCGAGGCCCUCGCCGUACAACCUCCCCAGUGAAGACACCGGCCCCUACGUAUCGCUACCAGAGAUGACCACCUCCCCUAACUCCCGCGAGGACGACCACGCCGGUAUGAAAUACGAAGACCAGGCGGGUUGUUGUUUUAGCGACACUGGAGGCUGCUGUUUCAGCACACGAGGCGGGUGUUGCUUUAGCGACACCGGGGGAUGUUGCUUCUCGGAGAGUGGCGGGUGUUGCUUCAGCAGUAGGGGGGGAUGCUGCUGCAGCCAUGGUGGCGGAGGCUGCUGUUCGUCUGGUAUAUCGUCCGAGAAGUAGAGCCAGGUGCCAGAUUGCGCUGUGAUCAGCAAUACACCCUGUGAAGACUGAUACCGCCUGAUAACUGGAGGGUUGGGGCCACCCUUCUGCGAACUUGGAGGAUGACACGCAAGACAUACAGGCACAAUCGCCUUGCCAUACCCCGACACUCGUUGAAAGAUACAAGGAGGAUCUGGUGGAGGCAGAUGGCACGAGGCGCGUUGACUCGGGUCUGUUGAAGAUCAAAAAUGAAGAAGUAUUACUGAAGAAUGGCACCAUUUGUGUACUGCUGGCGGAGAUGUCGGCAGGACUAUCAUUCAGGAGUCUUGCAUCGUGCUGACCAGCAUCGACAAGCCCUUAACCUGGUUCACAACUGGGAACGCGAUUGGUAGAGGGAACAAGGAACCGCUCUGGGGAUUUAUAUCUGCAGUGAGACUGGCACCGUAAAUGCAACAACUUAUGGAUAGAGAGUCAAGGUAGUCAAAGCGUAUUUUUGUCAUUAAUCACCUGAUUUAAUUGUUGUAAUC